CGCGGCCCUCACGUGACCAGGAGUCGACGUGUGCAGAAGUCCUUAUAGUGCAGGGCCUGUUUCCCUGUAGCAGCUCUCUAUUGCUGGAGGAGAAAAGUGCCUCGGAUCCUUUCAGGACUCUGGGUCUGUUGGGCGCGACACAAAUCAAGGUGAGGGAAGAAAAUCCCCUGGAUCCCUGCAGGAUUAAUUUAUUCGAAAAGGAAAUAAUAAAAAAUAGUCAACAUGCAAAAAUCUUGUGAAGAAGGUGAAGGAAAACCACAGAACAUGCCCAUGGUAGAGGAAGACCGCCCUUUGGAAAAUGUACCACAAGAGGCAGAAGGAAACCCUCAGCCUUCCGAAGAAGAUGGUGUGAACCAGGAACCAGAAGGAAACCUUAGAGCAGGGCCAACUCAGCCCAGCCAGGGAUUGAAAGAGGACACUCCCGUUAGGUAUUUGGACCCUGAAGAAAUGAUAAGAGGAGUAGACGAGUUGGAAAGGCUUAGGGAAGAGAUAAGAAGAGUGAGAAACAAGUUCGUGAUGGUGCAUUGGAAGCAAAGACAUUCACGCAGCAGUCCUUAUCCAGUGUGCUUUAGGCCUUGAGUUCUUUUUUGUCUGAUACUAAAAUCUGGCCCCUGCUUUCUUUCUGUUAGCAUUUUCUGACGUAUCUUUGACCUUAAUUUUACUUUUAAUCAUCCAGUGGAAUUUUGUUUUAGGUAGUUUCCUUGUUACCAGCAACUUGUUGGAUUUUGGAUUUUGGCCCAUUUUCCAGGUCUGUUUUUUCAAUUGGGAAGUUUUACACAUAUGCAUGGAAAUAUAUUCAUUCCAUAAUGUAAUGUAAAACAAUAGAUUAUAAAGCAUCAUAUUUAGUAUCAGCUCACUUAGGUAGGAUAAAAUUCCAAAUUGUGUGUGUCUACAUAUAUACAUAUUUCUAAAACUUAACCAUGUUUAAUUUCUGUGUGGUUUGAAGUUUCUUUUCUUUUUUUACUUUCCACUUACGUAUUUUUAAAUGAACACAGGUCACACACAAAAAGGGUUUUUUUAACAAUUAAAAGUAAAAUAAUUUGCAACAAGGUUAUAAGGGCAAUGGGGGCACCUAACCUCUUGAUGAAAGAACUAUAAAAAAGAAUUGUAAACCUCAAAUUACCUCUGACUCUCUUAGCCAGAGGAAUAAAACUGGCAAUUAUUACAGUUA